UGUCAGCUCAUGCCCUUGCUUGGUAAAUAACCCUUAUCUCCUCAUCUCUUUUCAGAUUCCCCAAAAUCAGCUAUUGCACAAAAUGGAUCACAUGAGUUUCUCUGAGAAGCCCACAAAGCCCUGCUGUCAACUACAGACAUGGUAUGAAUUACAGAGACGUCCCAACAGGUAUAAAUUCAACUGACCAAGCUGCAGCAACAGAGAAACUUCUCAGCCUGGAAGGACCAGAGAUUUGGAUCCCAGGUGGCAAAACAGCACUGACCCUCAGGCAGAGCCUUGGUUGAACCAUGACCGAGGAGCCCGGGCGGAAGGACAGUGAGCUUGGACACCCCCACUCCAGCAUGGGCUGUGGACACAAGGACAACAAAGCCAGCCUGGCCUCAAGCCAGAUAGCAUCUUUCAGCCACCAGUCCCCCUCCACUCCUGCCUCCAAGGAAGUGUGGAAAAAGGGCGGCCGCAUGUUCUCCAUCCUGCUGGCCGUGCACUUGGCCCUGCUGGCCUGCACGCUGGUGAGCAGUGGGGCUUUCGAGAAGAUCGCCGUGCACGACUACGAUGUCUUCUUCCUGCUGACAGUCAUGAUGCUGAUUGUCAUCAUCUGGAUCAUCUUCUACCUCGCCGGGACCUCCCGGUGCCCAGGUGCCAUCCUUGGCAAGGACUCCCACGCCGGGCCCAUCUGGCUGAGAGGAGGCCUGAUCCUAUUUGCCAUUUUCAGCCUUGUCAUGGAUGUGUUCAAAAUAGGAUAUUACUCGAGUUUCUACAGCUGCCUGUCUGCAAUCAAAAUCAUCUACCCCAUUGUGCAGGCAAUAUUUGUAGUUGUCCAGACAUAUUUCCUGUGGGUCUCUGCCAAAGACUGCAUCCACGUGCACCUGAAUGUUACCAGGUGUGGUUUGAUGCUAACGCUGACUACAAACCUGGCGGUGUGGAUGUCAGCAGUGACAGACGAAUCUGUCCACAAGGCACAUUCAAAGUUGAAGAAAAACAUGACAGAGGAAAUCUUUAGAUGGCUCCUGAAAGUGGGAAUGAGAAGCAGCUCAGUUGAGGAAUGCAAUUGCAACAGCCAAAUCUGCCAGAUCUUCAAAAAUGGCUACUUUUGGCUGUACCCCUUUAACAUUGAGUACAGUCUGUUUGCCUCUGCUAUGGUCUAUGUCAUGUGGAAGAACGUUGGACGCUUCAUAGACCACCACUCCCACCACAUUCAGCGCCUGAAGUUCAGACUGUUCCGAAGGACCUUCUUUGUAGGCAUCAUGUUGGGCCUCAUCAUCCUUGUGAGUGGUUUGGGAGUCCUCAUCCUGUACGAGGUGCAGGUAAAUUCCAGCACUGAAUCCAGCAAGAAGAGCCAAGCACUCACCAUGUACUACAUCUUCAACAUUGUUUGUCUGAGCCUGAUGUCUCUUGUCUGCAUCGGUGGCUCUGUCAUCUACCGGUUUGACAAGAGGGACAUGGACCGGCACAAGAACCCCACCAGGACCCUGGACGUGGCCCUGCUGAUGGGGGCAGCCUUGGGCCAAUAUGCCAUUUCCUACUACUCCAUUGUGGCCAUCGUGGCCAGCACGCCAAGGGACACUAUCAGCGCGCUCAACCUCACCUACGCCCUCCUAAUGAUCGCCCAGCACACCUUCCAGAACGUCUUCAUCAUCGAAGGCCUCCACCGGCAGCCCCCCAAGGAGGACUACAAGCAUGAGUCUCACCAGAAGGACCUCUAUGGGCUCACCUUUGUAAACAUCAACGCAGUGUCCCUGCGGGUGCCCGACACUGGCAGCACUUUGGCCACUGGCGCAGCACCUGGCACGGAAGCCACGCACACUUCUGACCUUGUGAGGUCACUUCCUGCCCCCAAGAAGAUGAACUGGAGGAGGAAAUUCUUGAGGGAGAUUUCCAUGUUCCUGCUGCUGAGCAAUAUCAUACUCUGGAUCAUGCCAGCAUUCGGUGCCCGGCCCCAGUUUGACAAUGACACAGAACUGAACUUCUAUGGUGACUCCAUGUGGCCGGCCAUCGUGGACAUUUGCCUGCCCUUUGGGAUCUUCUAUCGAAUGCACGCUGUGGCCAGUUUGCUGGAGGUCUACAUCAUGUCCUAAAGAGCUCCCUUGCAAGGAAGAUGAGAUCUUCCUCAAGCAAUCCAUCCUUUACCUACCCCAGGGCUCCCCAGAUGUCCCCAGGGGUCUCCAGCACUGCCUGAAUCAUGUCCCCUUGCAGUGCUGGGGCAUUUAUGAACUGUCACUGAAGAUCAUCCAAACAUAGUCCAGAUUUUAUUUUUGCUACUUGUGUGUGGAUGUGCCUGUGUGUGUCUGAAGUUCUUAAAGCUUAAAAGAGAACAGAUAAGAAAAAGGAAUCUAGGGUGGGAUCAUGGUAAUUACCCUUGGUUCAUGCAGAGACUCACCUUCCCUGUAAAGCCUGUUCACUCCAUGCCACUGAUGGACUCUCCAGACUUUUCUCAGCACCCUUGGGCAGUCAGAGCCUCGCUGCACACAGAGAGCUGCAAACCUGGUGUGCCCCCUGGGAACAGACUGGGGAGCUGGAGAGUGCAAGGGGCUGACACAGGCCUGGAAGGACAGAAAGGGAAACCACUUCACCUCCUGGUACGGCCAGUCAGAAAUCACUCCCCUGCAGAGAUGUGAAAAACAAACUGGUGACCACCAAAGGCUUUGGGAAAUGUUUUAAUCUUUCCUCUCUGUAUUGCCCUUGUGUAUGGGAACUCUCAACCCUUCCCUGUGCCAGCCCCUGCCUUCCUCUCCAGGGAAGCAUCAUUGCAGCCUCCUCUUCCCAAGGAGGGAGAGGUGUGAGCAUGGUCCUGGGCUAGCCCUGAUAUGGGAUUGCUCUAGCACACUUUCUUCUCAGAUUUCCUGAAUCAGGGCUCAAGAAUCAUAAAGAUGAUGUGGGCAAUACAGUCUGGGGGAUAAUAAAGAGAUUUUCCUUUUUUUUCUUU